AUGUUUUCCUUCACCGUUUGUCAGUGGUGUCUAGGUAAUCUUAGAAAGUGUAUAUAACUCGGAAAACGUCACAUUGGUACUUGCCGUUGGUAGGUUUCGAACCCGCACCCUCAUGCCUCCGGGCCACCACGACGAAUGCAUACAUUCAGCCUUUUAGGGAUUAGGGGUUUGAGGAUCGUUGGGGAUUCAGGAAUUAAGGAGAUUGUACAAAUUAUGGUUAUGGUUAAUAAAAUUGGGCCUCCGGUAACCUCACUCACACGCCGAAACACAACGCAAGCGUUGCUUCACGUCGGUUUUCAGUGA